AUGGUCGAGAGCAGAUCGUGCGCCGCGUCGAUUCGUCAGUGUCGCGCGGAGAGCGAGGGAGGUAGACAACGUCGGGGCAUCGCAGUCAGGCUGCAUGCAGUGGUCGCCGGGGCUGUGGGAUCAUCGCGGCUGCGUGCGUAUGAGUUGCAGCGUCUCGCGGUGGCAUCUGUGCAUGCUCGCUAUAAUGAUGAUGCGUACUACUACGAUGUUCGUGUGAUCAAUGGCUUCUCAAACAACUCAUCGGCACCGUUGGUUGUUUGGUGCGUGUCCCGUGAGACGGGUGACAUUGGUGGAAGGGCCCUCCAAGAACGAGACGAUUACAGCUGGGAUGUCGAGCCUUCCGCCUUCUGGACUCGUGAUCAUGAGUUUGUGUGCACCGUCAAAUGGGACCGAACCAGGAAAAGUUUCAAGGCCUUUGACGGGAGUCGAGAUAGGUAUAAGUGCGGCCCACGCAGACUUUGCCUUUGGAUGGUUAAAGAGGAUGGCUUUUACUUCAGUAAUGAUGGGAUUCGUUGGAUCAAAGAUUUUCCAUGGAUGUAA